AUGGCGGAUGCCGACCAAGCCAUCGCCGAGGUCUAUCGCAAGAUCGAGCGAGAGAAGGCCCUUAUCAAUGCCGCCACCCACAUGCGACAGUCGACAAACAAUUCCGCAGUUCAGGCACGUGUCGACAGUAACAUCCGCGACAGCAGAAGAAACAUAUCUUACCUCGAGGAGAAGUUGGCAGAGUUACAGUUGAGACAGCGGGGCCCUAAUGAGAGUGUCGCUCCAGCCCCGCCUGCUCAUGGCGCUUCCGGCUACCAGACUUCCGCAGAUCCUCGACUGCAGCAGUCAAGAUAUCAGCACGGAGGUGCUCCAACUCCUCCCCCAAAGGAUGAGAGGGGCUAUUACAACAAUGAGAGAGGCGACUAUGGUGAUCCCGGCCCAGGCGGGUACAGUCAGGGCGGCACUGGCAUGAUGCCCCCUCGAGCACCGUACGGAGAUCCUCGUCCUUACAAUGCUCCCGUCCCCAAGGCGCGGCCAAAUUUCUCAAAACUAGACCUCAUAAAAUACGAUACCCCGUAUUUAGGACCUAAGAUCCAGCUUAUGCUUUCCCAGCUCGAGUUCAAAUUGUCGGUUGAAAAGCAGUAUAAGGCGGGCAUCGAAAAGAUGGUGCGGUUAUAUCAAGACGAGGGUGACAGAAAGAGCAGGCUUGAUGCAGAGGGUCGGCGCAUUGAGAGCAACCAGAAGGUGCAAUUGCUCAAACAGGCUCUAAAACGAUAUAUGGACUUGCAUGUCGACAUUGAAACGUCUGAUGCUGCAGAUGAUGACAGUCUAAACGCUCCGAACAUGCGGAAACCCCUCACGGGUCACCUCGAAAUGCGCAUUCAUGCGAUCAAGGAUGUGGAUCACGCUGCCUCGUCACGGUUUUCGAGAGGUCCUGAAACAUUUGUCAUCAUGAAAGUCGAGGACAACAUCCGGGCCAAGACCCGGGCAACACGAACUGAUAAAUGGACUGAAGAAACUCAUCACGUCGAUAUCGACAAAGCCAAUGAGAUCGAACUAACCGUCUACGAUAAAGCUGGUGACCGCCCGACGCCCAUUGGCUUCCUCUGGAUUCGCAUUUCGGAUAUCGCGGAAGAAAUGCGCCGGAAAAAGAUUGAGUCGGAAUUCCAGCAGAACGGAUGGGUAUCAGCAGAUAAGAUGGCUAAUGGUGGAAGCCCGAGCAAACCAGGUCCUGAUUUCCAGCAGCCUGCUCCGUUUAUGCCUCCGGGAGAUGCCGCUGGUGCUGGUUCCGCGUCUGGGUUUGCUCAAAAUCCCCAGCAACACAUCCAACCUGUUAUGAUCGAUUCAUGGUUCUCUCUGGAACCUGCAGGGAGAAUCCACCUCACCAUGAGCUUUCAGAAACAGACGGGCGGCAAACGUCCCUUCGAUAUUGGCCUCAACCGCCAAGGUGCUGUCCGCCAGAAGAAGGAAGAGGUGCACGAGAAACAAGGCCACAAAUUCGUCAAGCAGCAAUUCUACAAUGUUAUGAGGUGCGCACUGUGUGGAGAUUUCCUCAAAUACUCUGCGGGAAUGCAGUGUGCGGACUGCAAAUACACCUGUCACACCAAAUGCUACCCGAAGGUCGUCACGAAAUGCAUUAGCAAGGCAAACUACGAGACGGAUCCGGACGAGGAGAAGAUCAACCACCGCAUUCCGCAUCGCUUCGACAAUUUCUCCAACAUUGGUGCAAAUUGGUGUUGUCAUUGUGGUUAUCUGUUGCCGUUGGGCAGGCGCAACGCGAAGAAAUGCUCCGAGUGCGGUCUUACCUGCCAUACGCAAUGUCAACAUCUAGUCCCGGACUUCUGCGGCAUGUCCAUGAUCGUCGCCAAUGAGAUCCUGGAGACCAUCCAAAGAACAAAGCAUCACAACAAAUCAUCGUCCGUGAGUUCUGGUAUGAGCAAUAGGACGCUGAGACCCCAGUCCGCAGCAAGGCCAGGACCGACAUCACCCACACAGAGCUUCAUUAGCGACAGCGCCACGUUGACACCACAGGUGUCGAAUCAAUCGUAUGACCACCAUCAGGAACCACACAAGCCGUCCGCCGCAGCUAUGAGCGCGGCUCAAAAUAUGAUGUACAGCCAACCUCAAGCAAAUCAGUCACAGCAACAGCAGAGGCCUCUACAGCAAAGAGCCGUGUCUACCGCAGCUGUGCAGGCAGCGGCGGCCGCUACCAACCGACCUCCAUCCCAGCAAUACAAUCAGAACUUCAGUGAUUACAGCCCCCAGAAAGCGCCCGCUGAUCGGUACGCCAAUGCUCGGCCACCGGCGCCCGAGCAGACCCAUGCCUCCUAUGAUCCCCGUGCCUAUCAACAAUACGACCGUCAGCCAGCUCCACCACAGAUACCCCAACAUCAAGCACCCCAGCAGGCUAUCCUCUCACCGCAAAGACCUCCGCCACAACAGCAACCAGCGAGCUAUGCACCGGCCCCUGUCAAACCUGCUCCAGCGUCACAACAACAGGUCGCUUCGCCACCAUCCGGUCGUGGAGCAGGACCCAGGAUUGGUCUUGAUCACUUUAACUUCCUCGCCGUGCUGGGAAAGGGCAACUUCGGCAAGGUCAUGCUUGCAGAGGCUAAGAGCUCCAAGAAGUUGUAUGCCAUCAAGGUCUUGAAGAAGGAGUUCAUCAUUGAAAAUGAGGAGGUAGAGUCAACAAAAUCCGAAAAGCGCGUCUUCCUGAUCGCCAACAAGGAACGACAUCCUUUCCUGCUCAACCUACACGCUUGCUUCCAGACAGAGACGCGAGUCUAUUUCGUCAUGGAGUACAUCUCCGGUGGAGAUCUUAUGUUACAUAUUCAGCGCGGACAAUUUGGACUUAAGCGUGCUCAGUUCUAUGCUGCUGAGGUGUGCCUGGCGCUCAAGUAUUUCCACGAGAAUGGUGUCAUUUAUCGGGACUUGAAGUUGGACAAUAUUCUGCUGACACUGGACGGGCACAUCAAGAUUGCCGAUUAUGGUCUCUGCAAGGAGGACAUGUGGUACGGUUCGACGACGUCCACCUUCUGUGGCACACCGGAAUUCAUGGCUCCUGAGAUUCUUCUGGACAAGAAGUACGGUCGUGCGGUGGACUGGUGGGCUUUUGGCGUUCUAAUCUACCAGAUGUUGCUACAACAGUCGCCGUUCCGAGGAGAAGACGAAGAUGAAAUCUACGACGCCAUCCUUGCGGACGAGCCGCUUUACCCGAUCCAUAUGCCCCGAGACAGUGUGUCGAUCUUGCAGAAGUUGCUGACGAGGGAGCCGGAGUUACGACUUGGUAGUGGGCCGGGCGACGCGCAGGAGAUCAUGAGCCAUGCGUUCUUCAAGGGUGUGAACUGGGACGACAUCUACCACAAGCGGGUACCGACACCAUUCAAGCCCUCGAUCAAGAACGAGAAGGAUACCAGCAACUUCGAUCAGGAGUUCACGAGUGUCACACCGGUGUUAACCCCGGUUCAGAGUGUGCUUUCUCCCGCUCAUCAGGAAGAGUUCAGAGGCUUUUCUUACACGGCCGAUUUCAUCUAG